GGGCGCCCCGCGUGCCCCGGCCGGGAGCGGCCGUGCCCCCCCGCCCCGCCGCCGCCGCCGCCGCCGCGCACAGCCGCAGACACGGGCGGCCGCGCCGGCAGCCGGCGGCUCGCAUGCAGCCGGGGAUUACGGCGGGGCGAGGGCAGCGAGGGCUCGACUCUUAUCCCCCCUCGGCUCCCCCCCCCCCGUCCUCCGCCCGACACCCCAGCCGCUCCCCGCGCGGCUGCUCCGGCGGGUUUUCAUCUCCGCGGGUAGGAGGGAGAUGCCUUUGCCGUGGUUUUUCCACCCCCAGCCCUCUCCGUGCCGGGAGAGGCGGUGAUGUGGAGCCGGGAAUGUAGAGGAAAACCCUCCCCGGGAAGGAGCGACCAAAACAAAUCCCUCGCCGUGGCUUUGGCGGCCGCGCAGUGCCCGGGGAAGCCCGAGCAGCCCCUGCCAGCGCUGGGGAAUCCCUCCUGCAGCCCCCGGCGGCGCCCCGGGCGCCCGCGGAGCAAGUGCUUGUGGAAACCUGAUGAUACAAAACCUCAGCCUUCUCGGUAGCUGUCGUUGGAAUUAUCCCAUCCACCCGGGGACUGAAAAAUCUCCUCUACAGAAGAAAAUACAUUGUGGUAGUCUAAAACACACUGUCAUAUAUGCUUUCUGUAGCUUCAGGAAUGGAGCUAUCUGUCUGAAGAGGAUUCUGCCCAAAUAUUCAUAGUCUCCAAGCUCAUUUUCCUACAGACUCUGGUGUUACAACUUCGUCUUUUACAGAAUGGCUGAGAAAGCUCCACCAGGGAUCACCAAAAAGUCUUCAAGGUCCACCCUUUCUCUCCCUCCGGAACCAGUGGAGAUCAUUAGGAGCAAAGCCUGCUCGCGGAGAGUUAAAAUAAAUGUUGGUGGACUCAACCAUGAAGUGCUGUGGAGGACUUUGGACAGACUUCCAAGGACACGAUUAGGAAAGCUCAGAGACUGCAAUACCCAUGAAUCUCUGCUAGAAGUAUGUGAUGACUAUAAUCUGAAUGAAAAUGAGUAUUUUUUUGAUCGACACCCGGGGGCUUUCACUUCCAUUUUGAAUUUCUACAGGACAGGGAAACUACAUAUGAUGGAAGAAAUGUGUGCUCUCUCUUUUGGCCAGGAGCUUGAUUACUGGGGGAUUGAUGAAAUAUAUUUAGAAUCUUGCUGCCAGGCAAGAUACCAUCAAAAGAAAGAGCAAAUGAAUGAGGAACUGAGGAGAGAGGCAGAGACCUUGCGAGAGAGAGAAGGGGAAGAGUUUGAUAAUACCUGCUGCCCAGAGAAAAGGAAGAAGCUUUGGGACUUGCUUGAGAAACCCAACUCAUCUGUUGCAGCAAAGAUUUUGGCCAUUGUGUCCAUUCUGUUCAUCGUCCUGUCCACUAUUGCUUUGUCUCUUAACACACUGCCAGAACUUCAAGAAAUAGAUGAAUUUGGGCAGCCAAAUGACAACCCUCAGCUAGCACACGUUGAAGCUGUGUGUAUUGCUUGGUUUACCAUGGAGUAUCUUUUGCGUUUUCUGUCCUCACCAAAUAAGUGGAAGUUCUUCAAAGGCCCAUUAAAUGUCAUUGACUUACUGGCUAUCUUGCCGUACUAUGUCACCAUUUUCCUCACAGAGUCCAAUAAAAGUGUCCUGCAGUUCCAAAACGUCAGACGUGUAGUUCAGAUAUUUCGAAUUAUGAGGAUCCUAAGGAUUCUUAAGCUCGCCAGACAUUCAACGGGCCUUCAGUCUUUAGGCUUUACGCUCAGGCGGAGUUACAAUGAAUUGGGCUUGUUGAUAUUAUUUUUAGCCAUGGGAAUAAUGAUAUUUUCAAGUCUUGUAUUCUUUGCUGAAAAGGACGAGGAUGCUACAAAAUUUACAAGUAUUCCUGCGUCAUUCUGGUGGGCAACAAUCACUAUGACUACGGUAGGAUAUGGUGACAUUUAUCCUAAGACGUUAUUAGGAAAAAUAGUUGGAGGACUUUGCUGUAUUGCUGGAGUGCUGGUCAUAGCCCUGCCCAUACCAAUUAUUGUGAACAAUUUCUCAGAGUUUUAUAAGGAGCAGAAAAGACAGGAGAAGGCAAUUAAGAGGAGAGAAGCACUUGAGCGAGCUAAAAGAAAUGGCAGUAUUGUCUCCAUGAAUCUGAAAGAUGCCUUUGCUCGCAGUAUGGAAAUGAUAGAUGUAGCAGUAGAUUCGGGAAAGCUUGGAGAACCACUCAGUCCAAAGGAGACACCUGAUAACAGCCACCUGUCCCCAAGCCGGUGGAAAUGGGCCAGAAGGACAAUGUCUGAAACAAGCUCAAACAAAUCUUAUGAAAACAAAUACCAAGAAGUUAGUCAACAAGACUCCCAUGAGCAAUUAAACAAUGCUGCAUCAUCCUCCAGCCCACAGCACCUCAGUGCCCAAAAACUGGAGAUGCUGUAUAAUGAAAUUACCAAAACCCAGUCUCAGCCUAAUCUUAAUGCUGGUUACCAAGACCAGUCAGCAAAGCCACCCAGCUAUGAAGAAGAAAUAGAAAUGGAGGAAGUUAUAGGUCAGAGAGACCCGUUGCCAACAGGGCCUGCGGACAUCGUGAUGGACAUGAGAAGCACAUCCAGUAUCGACAGUUUUGCCAGUUGCGCAACUGACUUCACGGAAACAGAGAGGUCUCCUCUCUCUCUGUUUCCUGGCUCUCACUUGCAAAUGAGAUUUCCAGCUGAUGCUGUUAACUUGGAAGAAAACCAAAGAGCAAGAAGUUCUCAGUUUAUGCCAUUUGCAAAAGACAGAGGAUUUUCUCCAACUGAUGUCACCUUUGACUAUAAUCCAAUCAACAGAGCUGUUAUCAGUGAUGGCAGUGGGUCCCAAACUGUUUCACAUGGUCAUUUUCAUUUUGACACUGCCAUGGAAAGCCCCAAAAGCUCCCUGAAAGGUAGCAACCCAUUAAAGUCUAGAUCCCUUAAAGUUAAUUUCAAAGACAAUAGAGGUGGUGCUCCACAAACUCCACCGAGCACCGCAAGGCCACUGCCAGUGACAGCAGGAGCAGACUUCACACAGGCCACCCCUCAGCACAUCAGCACCAUUCUCCUAGAAGAAAAUUCCCCCCAAGGUGAACGGCCUGUACUUGGUGCUGACGCACCUGCACUUUGUCAGGGACCUGCUAAAAAAUCAUCCCCUCUCUUUCCCAAACAAAAAAUUUUCACUUUCCCUUCAAAAGAGAGGAGAAGCUUCACUGAAAUAGACACUGGAGAAGAAGAAGAGUUUAUGGAGUUACAUGGUAUGAAACAUGAGAAAAAACAGGAUAUCAAGACAAAUUGCUGUGGGGAUAAACACAGUGAUGGCAACAAUUUACCAGGGGAGCCACAGGUCAGCUCUUCACCCAAAAGCAUGAGCCACAACUGUACGCAAGACAUUUACCAUGCUGUGGGUGAGGUAAAGCCAGACACUAACCAAGAAGGUCACAAAAUGGAGAACCAUUUAUUUGCUCCAGAAAUUCAUUCAAGUCCAGGAGAAACUGGUUAUUGUCCUACUCGCGAAACUAGCAUGUGACUAGUUACAGAAGCAAUAAAAAUAUCUUUUCUUAAAACACAGUUAGUAAUGCCUAUGAACUAAAACAUGGAAAGCCUCAACAAAAGUGCAUAAAAUGUUAUUUUUGCAUGGCAUGAAGAGUUGUUUAGUUUAAAUACUGUUUAAUUUAAAAAAAAAAGACUGCUUUUGUAACAAACUGAAAAAAACAAGGAAAAAAUUACUCAAGAAUGGUGAAUACAAUAAAGAGAGCUUUAUUAGGAGCCAGUGGUCUGCAACAUCUGACAUUUUUGAUCCUUUCACUUAUGAUUGUAGACAGGUUUUGAACUCUUUAAACUUUUUUUUCCCUCAGUUACAAUGAAUUUUAGAAUUUGCACAUGAAAGGAUGAAAUGUCAAUGCAUGCAUUCAUAAGGAUGUGAAACAAGGUGCUUUGAGCUUGCAAAAUGCAUAUACUUGUAAAUAGUUUGGGGUUGGGGGGGAAAGCUACUGUUAACAAGGAUUUAUGGAAAAAGCAUUUCCUGGGACACAGGUACUUCCUUCACAGCGUGCUGCCUGGAGGUUUUGUACAGACUUAUGUUGCAAAAUUGCAACUUCUACUUAAAGCAUCUCACGUAUCUUGCUUUCUGUUAAAAAGCUCACAAGUAUAUCUGCUAAUUAAGGACUACAGUAUUUUAGUUCAUCUGUGCUAUAAAACAUGAUGUUUUUUUUUUUACUUGUAGAAUUUCAGUUAUUGUAUUUGUCAGUUUAAUUAAUUAUCCUGUGAGGGAAAGCAAAGAUUUAAUGACCAGAACUUGAAGCAUUUGAUAUUUUUAUAGAAAAUUGCCAACAUUUCAUAACUGAGAAAAAAAAGUUCCAUUUUAAAAUUUAAAAAUCAUCAUUAUUUCUGUGGCAAUAAAUAGUGCCAAAUGGCUAUUCAGAUAUAUCAAAACAUUUUCAACCUCAUAGACUAUACCUUGGUAUUAAAAAAAAUAUUUCCCACACUCUUAUUUUUCCUCUGAUUUAACAUCAUUUGCUUCUACAUGAUCUUUGAUCUUUUACCUUUUGUUCUCCAUGCAGUGCACAUACUUCAGUAAUGGUAAUGUUGUUGGAGCUGUUAAGGUGGAAGGACAUAAGAGACAAGGUUUGUAAGGGAAAGUGGUACCUUUUGUUAUCAUAAAUCAUGUAGCUGGAGAAGAAAAGGCUUCAUGUACAUGUGAUUUGCCUCAGGUCUUCCACACCCCAAAGCUCGUUUGUGUUUUCCAGUUCAAUCAUUUGGACUGACAGAAGAUAUCAUUUGACUCACCAACUUUGCCUCCACCCAUUCUUCCAUAGCUGUUCUGAAAUGGAGUACAGGAUUUCCACUAUACUUAAAUAAUGGAAAAUGUCAUUCCACGGACAACUGCUAAAUCAUCUUUCAUUUCUCUGAUUUCUCCAUCUUUGAAAAGAAAAAGAAAGAUGCUGAACCAAAGCCUUCAUUACAAAGUACUCAUUUAACCACUGUCUUGAAAAGGCUAUUUUUUAAAAUCCAGAAUCCAUAGCUUCUUAUGCUAUAAAAUAUUUUUUAAAGCUUCUAGAGUGCUUUAAUUCCCUAAAUCAUAAAAAGUUUAUUCACUGCAUGAAUUCUGAUCAUAAGCAAAUGUAUGCAGUUACACAGACAUGCCCUAGAAAAUGUUCCCCUUUGUUUUGUUUGAGUUUGAGGGGGUUUUGUGGUUGUUUUUUUUUUGUUUGUUUGUUUGUUGUGGGGGGUUUUUUGGGGGUUUUUUGGGUUGUUUUUUGGUUUUUUGGUUUUCUUUUUUUUUUUUUUUGUAAGGAAGACUUAAAAGUACUUUAGACCAAUCAAUGUAUGGUUUGGAACAGCAGGCUUCUACUUACCGUAGGUUAGUAGGUUAACUUUUACUUUUGUCUUUUUUUGUCACUUGAAUAUGUAACAAUCAGGCACCUAAUGCAUUUAGUGUAAAGGAACAACCAUUUUUGUUACAACACAGCCCUUUGCUUAAAUGGCUGGGCCAAUGCCACAGACCUCACUCAAGCCUGGCACAUAGAAAAGAGGCAAGUUUGAAGAGCCCCAAAAUAUUGAUCCUGGUAGCUGGGUCAAACAAUGAGCACAGCACAAUCACUUAGGUGGGUUUUUUUUAAAAAAGUUUUCUAUCUAUAUUUCCAUCAGUUUUCUUAUUUCUGUAACAAGAUAAUAUUGAGGUGUCUCUUCAGUCAUUUGAAUACCUGAGAAUACGCCUUUUUUUUUUUCGAGCAAUGUCUGGUCAUUAAUUCUCAAAAUAAUUUUUUUUUUUUUGUCUUUAAUUGAAGUUCAUUUCAACUUGUUGCUGCAUUCAGUUUUAUGUAUUUAUAUUGUAUUCUGCGUAACACUUUUCAAUCAUGUUGUGUCUCACUGUCCCCAAACUUUCCUCUUUCAUAUUUUAUAGUCAUUACUCUUCUACAUUUAUUUUUUAGUUUCUAGAUAUUUUCGGUGACUAAAACUAAAUGCCAGUCAAUUUUUAUAUGCCUGAAGUGUUGGUUCGUAUUUUCUAUGUGCAGUUUUAUGAAAUCACAUGGGCCUGUUUGAUCUGCCUUUACAUCCUAGUGAACUGUUGAAGUCCAGAUUAAGACCAAAUGGGACCUGGUCCUGUGCUUUGGAUCCACAGAAAAUUCCCAUUCAAGACAAUGAUGUUGUUUUGGCAAGACUGAGGUUUGUCACGUUCCUUCUGUGUGCUUUUUCUCCCAGGUGACCCUUACACUUUGGAAAAGCCCCUUAGACCUAUGACACUUGAUGGAAAGGGAGGAGUCCAGCCAUAGGGAACCUAUUUGCAGGAACAGAGAUUUCAUUCCUAAAGCUCUCCUGAGCUAAAGUUCAUGCAAGCCUGAUUCCAGCCCAUUAAAAUCACUACAAAUUUUAAAAAAGUAAAGUCAAGGCCUCAGUUCUUGUGCAAAUGAAUUUCCCCUGAAAGCAAUGGGAGUCUGGUGGAAAAAGGGACUGACUGAAAUCUAAAUGAGAAGAACAAUAGUCUCUCCCUCUUGAUGAAAAUCAACAGGAACUUUAACUAUAUAAAUCAGAUGAAAGACCAGGCCCUUAUUUGCUGCUGUAUUUUAAAUGUUUUCAGAGAAGCACAUUUAUUUUGAAAGAGAUGCAAUUCACUUUAUUAACAGAUGCUUUAUUUUUUUGAAACACUGGAAGCAAAAUUAUAAGUUUUAGAAGUGCUUUUGGUAUAAUUUUGUUAUCUACUUUUGUCUAUGCUGAAAACUAUUUCCAGAAGCACAGGUUUAGAAAUGUGUUUUUUUUGACUGCAUAUACAGGAUCCACCUCUCAAUACCAAACUUGUAUAAUUCCUGAUUAAAAUAUCUUUUUGAGCAGUUGCAGGACUGAAUCUAGCUUUCUAUCCAGUACAGCGGGUAUAAGAAAAGCAGGCCGGGAUAAUUACAUUCAUCAUGGGUUGAUAUGCAGCAAAUUAUGCAAAAUUACACAAGUAUAUUUUUCUGGUUUUCUAAAACUUUGAAGCCAUUUCAGACUUAUUACCCAUUCACCACAGUAAGGGGAGAAUGUGUCUGAGUUCUGGAGUCAGUCUCUAAUGCCAGCUGUGCAAUUUCAAAACUAGGAGUCUUAGGAAGAAGUGACUCCUUUGUGCACCUGAAAGGGGUCUGACUCCUCACAUCAGUGGAAAAUGAAGAAUGUUCAGGGAGAUAGCUUUGCAAUUGAUCUAUUUUUAUAUUUUUUACUAACUGCAGAAUUGUGAAUCAAAGUUUUAAUUCCUUUACAAUGAUGAAACCAAUGCACAUAUUUAAAAAAUAUUCACAGAGUAAUUAGAAGAGUUUUUGACUAACAGUCACAUUAAUCCAAAUCUGUGUGGGGGGUAGGGGGGAAUAAUAUAUCGCACAAACUGCAAAGGAAGUUCCUACAGGAAAGCUGUUUACAGGGGAAGUAUGUAAUGUAAAGAAUGUAACAAGGUGUAGGAAGUUUUUGCACUACCGAAUUUAUACAAAAUACACUUUUUUAAAUGAAAACACAAAAGGCCUUUUAAUGCUACAUUGUAUAGACUAUAGAAGCCUCUGUGCUAAUGCAGCAAUCUAAUGCACUGUGUCCUCACUUCACAAUUGGUCUCAAAAUUCAAACAUUAGUGAUGUUAGAGAGGUGAUAUCUGAUCUAACACUAGAGCAACGGACAUGAAGAGCCUUUUAGCACACUAUUAUGCAACCCAAAAUGUUUUUUAUAAAUCAAAAUGACAGUUGGCUUCCAUGAGUCACUGCCUAACAGGUAAUACUGGGCAAUUCCUUGAAAAACAAUGAGUUCUUUUAAAAGUAGACCUCUUCCCUUCCACGUGGACUGAGCUUCUGUUUCCUUCAAGGUUUACUUUCAAUGUAUUUAUUACCUGCUUCAACCUCAUCUCCAAACCGCAGUCCAGUAAGAAAGACAGUUGUCUUCUUGAAGCCCUAUUGCAGAUAGUAAGACUGGUAAAAAUGUCCAGGGUUUAACUUAUUGGCUUUCUGAUUAAAAUAAUUUUUUAACCACUUGGAUAGAAAAUAUAUAUUUUGAUCAUAAAAACAUAUAUUAGAAGGAAAAUAAUGCAACAAAUAUGCUUUUUUUAAAUAAGUAGCCAGCACAGAUCAAUCGAGAAAUGCAAACACAACAAAGGGGGAAAGAAGGGCAGAAAACUGUAAGUAAACAAGGCAUGUUUUAGUGUACUAUAUAAAAACACAUGUAAUAAACACAUGUAAAAGAAUACUUGUUCACACUAAAUGAGGUAAAAAUGCCAGUAGCAAAAGAUUUAAGUCCACUCCUCCAUCAUAAUUUUAACCUAGAACCAACAGGUUCAGCAAUGCCAUUACCCACUUGCCUUCCACAUGAAUAUCUGAUCUGUAAUCAUUUUUCAGAAGACUUUCCUGAAUAUAAGAUAUCACGUGUUGGUGUCUUUAUUGAUCUUGUGAUCUCUUCCCAUUUCCUCCCCAAUAUCAAUCUUCUCUUCUUCUUGGGAGUGGUCAGAAGGCAGCCCACCCAACAAGAUGAUCGGUGUCUUGUUUGCUAGGAAAGUGUUUUGGUAGUGUGGUGCCAAUGGCCAGAUGCUGCGUUUGAACCAAGGAACAAGAACUGAGUGUCAUUUCUCCCUGUUUUCUAGUUGUAAAGUGCUCUGAAUUCUCCAGUGUCCCCACAGUGUACUCAUCCUUCAUGCAAGAGCUUUCAGUGCUCUUGCAAGAACGUUUUUAAAAGCAGAUGAAUGGUAAAUGCUAUUAAGAGAGCGAUCGGUCUAAGUGUGAAUAUUUGUCUUUUGUCUAAUUUUAUUAGUGGUGCUCAGCUUUAACUCCAGCUGAAAUGCUUUCUAAAACAGAUCAGGUGUUCUGGGAGCCAAACCCUUUGCAGGUCCUCUGUCAGUUUCCUUAACAAAGGAAGGUUAGGUAACUGGCAGGCAAAAAUGAAAGAAAACAUUUUGUUUGCAUUGUGUGAUGCAGGUGGAGUAAUGUACUUGUCUUUGUAUUUAUUUUGUUCCAGGUUUAAACAGUAUUUCUUUUAAAUGCUGAGAUAUGAUAUUUAGGAAGUAUUACUCUUUAGCAAAAUGGAGACUUCUUCCAAAACAGCAGUGAUACUUUCUAAUCCUAUAUUGUUAUUGAUUGGUAUUUAGUUUUCUUUUAUAACACCUAACACAGAUCCUGAUGAAUACCACUGUGGAACAAGGAAGUAGCACACAAAUAUUACUGCUCUUUUAACUUAAAAGUAACUAAAAAACAUGGUAUUAGCUUACAUUUAAUCCAAAAAAGAUGAUUAUCCUAAUUAUACCUAUCAACUAAACAGAAUGGUCACAUUAGACAUCGACUGUUGUCCUGUGAUUAGCAUAAACCAUGAAUUUAACAGCAGUCUGUAUAACUAAAUUCUUUAGGGUAAUUUUUAAACUCAAAUAACUAUUCAAAUACAUAUUUAGCAUCAGCAGGAAUAAUGUACACUUCUAAGUCUGGAAGUCUGUGGCUAUGUUUACACUGGCAUCUUAGAGAAAAUCAGGAGAGAUCUCUUGACAUGAACCUCUCAGCUACCCCCACUUCUCAUGCUUUGGUUCACAAUACUGAGCAAUCCUGCACCAUGCAAACUGGACUACUUUUAGGUGAAGUUGAACCAGAAAACUUCUUCCAUGAGGGCACCAGUUAUGCUGCAGGCACGAUAAAGCAUUCAGGCCCGGAUACCAGAUGAGAGUGAGUCCAAAAUUUAUACCCCAAUAGUGUAAACUGUCAGCACAAACUGUUGUCCUCAACAAAUCUCCUGGUAUGUAUGACUUGCUAAUGUAGACAUAGAUCUCUACCAUGGCUACUGUCUUCAGCCCAUGUAGCUCUUGGAUAAAUCACUUAUUCAAGCAAAUUUUGCCAUUUUCAUCAGUGGUAUUGCUUAAAAAAAAAAAACAACAUGUAGCCAAAGAUUAAAUUGUUCCCAGUGCGUUCCCCAAAUUAAGCCACACAAAAUCAUUUAAGCCAUAAGUUCAUGAUAACCUUUGGACAGUUGUGUUUUGUAGUUUGGACCAAACUCUAUAUACUGCAUAUUUCUACAGUGAAUUUACUCUAAAGUUGUUAUUACAUUUAAUGAAGACAGUACAGACAGCACUAGACUUACUCCACAAUCUGUGGAAUUAUUAAACUGAUUGCAAGUAGCUUUACUUCACUUAACAGUAACCCUUACUUUAUACUGCAAAAGCAAAUUGCUGUGCAUUGAUGGAGGAUCAGAAGCCCAGCUUGAGUAUUUUGUGCUGAUUUGCCAUUGUCUAGAUAUCUUCCUAUUUGGAUCACCAGCUGAAAUUUAUUUAAAUUGAGGAACUAGUAGGGUUUUGGUUGUGUGCUUUGUUGCUCUGAUGUCUGGGACAUACCUUGUGUAAUGCAAGGAACAAAAAGCCUAUUCCUUAUCUUACUUAUUUUAACCAUUUCAAGGUGGAGGACAUAAGUCUUGGAGUGAUAUUUUUGCUCUAAGUUUUACUCAGAUAGCAUCUCUCUGUGAAGGUUCAGAAUACCUGUUCUUGAAGUCCUUAAGCAGAACACCAGUGGGAAUUCUGCCUGUAUAAAACUGAAAGAUGGAGCAAUAUAUUGUAGUGUUAGGCAAAAGAAACAAUUUCUAACACAUUACUAAAUACAUUAAAAAAGAAAUUUAAAAAACUACUGUUGGGGACAAUCAUGGGUACUUCUGCUAGGAUGCAGAGUUCUGGAUUUAUAUGUCUAAAUUUUCAGAGUUCUGCAGAGUUUUAGCUGUACAACUCUCAAAAAUCAAAGGAGCCAUGCUGAUAAGCUGAAACAUGGAGGGAUUAGUGUACAAAGAAGCUGAGCAUUGAAUACAUAGCCUAUUGCUUUAAGAUCACUGUAAAUAUCAAAUUAAAUAUGUACUAAUUCAUGUUUAUAUGUUAUUACUGUGUUAGUUUCAUAGAUACAGUAGCAUGACUAUUAUUAGUUUUAUGGAGUUUAAUGAACUUUACUUUGUAUUCCUCUGUGAAUGCUCUGAAUGCUGCAAACAAAAAAAGCACAACAGUAUUUUUUCAACUUCUCUUGGGGCAAUAGCAGUGUCUUCACUAUUGUUCAGUUUUACAGAUUUAGCAACAUUUCAUCAUACAUUGUUCUAUUAAUAAUGUAUCUUUUCUUUAAAAGUACUGUCACUAGGAGAUAAAAGCAUAUGUGAUAAGUCUUGUCUAAUCUCAUUCAUCUGCCUUUACAAAAUGCCCCAGACAUUUUGUGGGAGAAUACGCUGCUUUUGCUUCAUGCAUUGUUUGUAUUUGGGGGUGGGGCAGGGGAAUAAUAGGGCAUUUUGCAAUGGUAAUUGCAUCAAACAUGUUUUUUUCAUUAUUAUUGUAUUUGUUAGAAACAUUUUGAUUUAGUUUUUUUUUUCUGUAGAUAAAACUUUGACAAUAGCUUUAUUUUUUCAACUAACCAUUUGAUUUCAUUAGACUAAUAACUUCUCACAUUUAGUGGUAUUCGUAUCAAUGUUUCCAUAUCAGCUGCAUUUUAAUGUCAUAAAAAAGGAAAUGUGAUUAUUAUUUUUGUCAUACUAGAUUUUGCUAAUCAACUAAGUAUUUCUGCACCAAUCUACAUAUUAAUAUGCAUGUUGUAGUCUGUACAAUUGUUCAACAUCAAAAUAUCUGUUUAAUUUAUGUCAAAUGUCUUUAAAAUAAAUGCAUUGUUCUCCAUUUCAGUCUGAUAGAAUAAGCAGGAUAGUAAAUAAAUGUGUAAAUGAA